ACGCCUCCUGGGCCCGCAACGCCUUUGAGACGGACUCCGACCUGCCUGCUGGGUGGGUGAGGGUGCAGGAUGCCUCGGGCACCUACUACUGGCACAUCCCCACGGGCACCACGCAGUGGGAGCCACCCGCAGACCUGGGCCAGGGCGAGGGGGGCCGCGGCCCCGACCGUGACUCCCAGGGGAAUACGCCCACCGAGGAGCAGCAGCUCACCUGGACGGGCUUUGUGGAGGCCGAGCGCUUGGCAGAUGCCGAGGUCUGGAAGGACGUCCCGUCGGAGGAGGGGACCCCGGAGCCGGGGCAGCAGGACUUGGAGCAGCCCACCCUGCACCUGGGAGUGCUGAGCCUCAGUGCGCCGAAAGCCGAGGAACAGACGCUGCAUCUGGGCUCGCCCCUGGGCUCCAAGAGCUUCCCGGUGCGGUCGCUGGGCUGGGUGGAGAUGAGCGAGGAGGAGCUGGCGCCAGGCAAGAGCAGCGCGGCCGUGAACUCCUGCAUCCGCCAGCUGGCCGGCCGCGGGGCCCCCCCACCGGGGGGCUGGGGCCAGGGCCGGGCCAUGCUGCUGCUCCUGGACUGCGAGACGCUGCGGCUGGUGGAGCCAGUCGAGCGGACGCUGCUGCACGCCCAGCCCGUGGCCAGCAUCCGUGUGUGGGGCGUGGGCCGGGACGACGGCAGGGACUUUGCGUACGUGGCCCGGGACCCGCUGACGCAGAUGCUGAAAUGCCACGUGUUCCGGUGCGAGACGCCAGCCAAGGGCAUCGCCACCAGCCUGCAGGCUGUCUGCUCCCAGGUGAGACCCCCCCCGGGCCCUCCCGAACCUCCCCUGAACCUCCCCCCAUCACCACCAGCCUGCAGCCCGUCUGCUCCCAGGUGGAGACCCCCCUGGACUCCCCUGAACCUCCCUGAACCUCCCCCCCAUCACCACCAGCCUGCAGGCCGUCUGCUCCCAGGUGAGACCCCCCCCCGACCUCCCUGGGCCCCCCUGAACCUCUCCCUCCAUCGCCCAGCCGGCGGGGGCCGGGCGCG